AUGAAGUUAAAAGAAGGAGUAUUCUUCCAUUAUUUGGAUUUUGACAGGUCUUAUUGCCUUCUGUCACUGAGAAACACUAAAAUAGUACAUGAAUAUUUCUGUCUUUUGGAUGUUCAUAACACAAACACUUUGAACGACAUUCAGUUCUAUCACUUCAUGAGGCAUGUGACAGACCUGGGGAAGAAAGACAUAAUGCUGACCUUUGACAUGCUGGAUUCUGAUGCCAAUGGAGAAAUUGACUUUGAGGAGUUUUAUAUGCUUGUCUGCAUUCUGCUCAGUAGUGAACACCAUGUGGAAGAGAACUUCAUUUGUUGCUAUUCCGACCCUGUCUUUAAUCUGCUGGACAUGGAUGGGAGCACAUCCAUCAACUCAGCAGAGUUUCAGUCUGCUGGAUUCCUUUUUAACCUGGAGCGGUCUGCACUCGAAAAGAUCUUUCACGAAUUUGACGUCACUGGGGACGAGGUACAGAUGUCAUAUAACUAA